CUCGGAGGAUGUCUAACGAGAUUGACGAUCUUUGGAACUACAUGCCCGAAGAAAUUAUGGCCGGUGUCUUUUCCUUCCUCUCGGUUAGAGACAGAUACACGGUUUUACACGUGUGCAAGAGAUGGGCUGCGGCUGUGGCUUCCUCUGCGGCUUGGAGUUUUACAGAACUUAGUUUUGACUUCGAAGAGGAAGAGGAGGCCUGCAUAUUUAGGACGUUACACCCGUACCUGGUCCAUAUCAGACACCUGAAGAUUGUACUGAACCAGUACUUGGAGUUAAACCGAAGACUUGCCACCCAAAUCAUGGACAUGCUGGCCCAUAAGAGAGUCAAGCUGCGGGCGCUGCACAUUAUCUGCCAGGGGUUGAGUCCUUACUUCUACUCUGGCCAAGACCUCCUGCAAAGCGUCCGCCUGCUUUGCCAAUGCAACCAUAACAUCGAUCUGCAACACGUCGACUUUCGGCAAAUGCCCUUCAUCCUGGACAACGGCACGGUGCUUCUCCUGGCUUCCAAGAACCCAAACCUUCGCACCUUCCUGAUCAACAACCGAGCUCCUGGAGUCAUCAUCCUGAAACCGGAGACCAUCGUGGAGGUGGCGCGGAUUUGCCCGAAACUGACGGUUUUAGGUGUCUAUUACACCAGCCUGUCGGAGGGCCUGUUCCAAGAACUGGUGAAACCCAACAGGGGACCGUUCCAAUGUCUGGAUGUUUUGUACGGAGGUCUGGAGAAGCACAUUCCCGAAGAAUGUUGGGCCGCGAUGAGCAAGAGACACCCCCAGUUCCGGGUGAACUUUGAAUUCGCCGCCAUGGUGGACCCCACCAAGGUCUCCGGCGUCCUGAAGGCUAGCAUUCCCAUGAAGUCCCUGCAGUUCAAUUACCUUCCUUACGUGACGGAUCAGCUGAGGCUGAUCGCCAACUGCUACAGCCAGACAGUGGAGAGGCUCAUCCUUUACACGGCCGCUUCAGAUACUGUCAACUCCUCCCUGAUCGAGUUGGCCAAGAAGUGCGGGUGCCUGAAGGAGGUGCAUUGCUACUGCGUGGUUAGCCAAGCCGUGGUGGACGCGUUUCUCUUGCACUGCCCUCACUUGAGGAACUACACGCUGUCCACCACACUCUUGUCUUCUAUGUUACCAAUAUUGUGCCCUUAA